AUGGAAACUCGACCCUCUUGUUCCGCCACCCUCGCUUUCCCAGUCCCAGACCCAAACGAGAAAGCCGCAUCCCGAUCAUCAGAUCUUGAGAAAGCCCAGCCCUCCUCCAGCAUACCAGAAGAGCUCCCAGAACACGACAACGGAAGGAAUUCCGAGAACAGAACCAAGACUUCAGCGUUCAAGAGCCUGGGAUGGCUGGACCGCUUCCUCGCGCUAUGGAUCUUCCUCGCGAUGGCCGUGGGCAUUCUCCUGGGGAACUUCGUGCCGAGCACCAGUUCGGCGCUCCAGAAAGGGAAGUUUGUCGGGGUUAGUGUGCCGAUUGCUGCUGGCUUAUUGGUGAUGAUGUAUCCCAUCCUGUGCAAAGUUCGCUUCGAGACCCUCCACCAGGUCCUCCGCAAAAGAGAAAUCUGGGCACAGAUUCUAUUCAGUGUCAUCGUUAACUGGAUCGUGGCGCCUCUAUUCAUGCUCGGUCUCGCCUGGGCCUUCCUUCCCGACAAGCCCGGUCUCCGCGAAGGCCUUAUCCUCGUCGGCCUGGCACGCUGCAUCGCCAUGGUUCUAAUCUGGACCGGGCUCGCGGGCGGCGACAACGAGUACUGCGCCAUCCUGGUGGCCGUCAACUCGCUCCUGCAGAUCGUUCUCUACGCGCCCCUCGCCAUCCUCUUCAUCCGAGUCAUCUCCGGCGAAGAAGAAACCACUGACAUCGGAUACCCCGUCGUCGCCCAAUCCGUCGCCGUAUUCCUCGGCAUCCCCUUAGCAGCAGCGAUCCUCACGCGCGCCACGUUCAGGAACCUAGCAUCACCCGCGUGGUACGACGGCGUCUUUCUGAAGUGGGCAGCGCCCUGGUCGCUCAUCGGCCUCCUCUUCACGAUCCUGAUCCUCUUCGCGUCCCAGGGCCGCGAGGUCGUGCACCAGGUCGUCUCCGUGGUCCGCGUGGCGGCGCCCCUGCUCGUGUACUUCGCCGUCAUCUUCUUCCUGACGCUGCUCGUCGCCCGCAAGCUGGGCUUCGGGUACCGGCUCGCGGCCACGCAGAGCUUCACGGCUGCGAGCAACAAUUUCGAGUUGGCGAUUGCCGUUGCCGUUGCGACGUAUGGGCCGGACUCGGAUCAGGCGCUGGCGAGCACGGUGGGCCCGCUGAUUGAGGUCCCGGUCCUGCUGGGGCUGGUGUACGUCGUAAAGGAGAUCGGGAGGCGGAGAGGCUGGAAGGAUUAG